AUACAGGGUUGGGUUUGAAGAGCUUCUUGGGAUUAGUUCAAUUAAGCUCCUUCUGGGCUUAAUGUCAAGAAUAGAACAAUAAGAACUGGAGCAGUGCUCUGAUAUCAUCUAAUGCUGUGUGUUUGUGCAAGUACCCCCUUUUCAUCAUUACUUCUCUAAAGACACCACUGUGGAAACACACCGGACUGCCUUAAGUUGAAAGGAUUGUAGAUGUCACGUCACACAGCAGAAUGAGUAAGAGGAAGAGGAGAAACAGUCGCAGGAGGAAGAGCUCCAGCAGCAGUAAACAAUGCAUAUCUCCAUAUAACUUUCAAAAGCACACUAUGGUGGACACUGAGGUUCAUGGGGAGGAAGCUGCAGAGAAAGGAGAAACUGAUUCUUUCUGUAAAGAGAUUAUAUUGUCAGAGUCCGAAGAUGAGAAAGAGAACGAGACUACAACCACGGAGAAAGAAAACAGACCAGAGAGUUGUGAAGAUUUUUUCGAAGAAAAGGAGAAAAAAGACUUGGAACCAGUGGACAGAGAUCCAGGGUUGACAAUAACACAUUCUGUGACCUUUGAUAACUUUGGACUGACUUCUCCCAGAGUUGUGUUUAAACAAUGCCAUGAGGCUUCUCUAAGAGGAUCGGUUAGUAGUGUGAUAGCAGUCACAACCACUAAGGUCAAGGGAGGGACCCCAAAUAUGAGGCUUGAGAUCAGUGAAGUAGUGACAUCAGAUGAUUCAAAUAUCAAGAGAACUAUUGUUCUUCAUAAACAUAAAGAUAAAAUAGAAGAGACUCAUUUUACAAGCCAUAGUGAAAAACACCAAGAUUCAAAAAAUCCCACAGUCUAUUCAUGGAACCAACAUGGAGCGGAUUACAGAGAGAAUGUUAUCUAUAAGAUUAGCAUUGCAGAGCUAAAUGCUGAGGAAACACACGCUUCUACAAGUCAUUGCUUGUGGGACGAGCCUGAAGAAGGGGAAUGCCGUAAAAGCUGUUGUAAAAAUAACUUUGGUUGGGGUAACGCAGGUGACCGGACUGACACUGAUUUCACACUGGUUGAUGGAUCUUCCUGUUGUUCAUCACCCUCUGAUAUGUGGCAAUGUCAGAAACGGCUGCCACUGCCUACCAGUCUCAGUAACGACGCAUUAUGGGAUAUCCCUCCCCCUGAUGAAUUUGCUGACAAUGUAAGCGCAAUGGAUUUUCUUGCCGAAAAUGUUGCAUCGUGUCAAAUCAGUCCCAAACAACAAUUAAUUGACCAUGACAACACGAAUUUCACAGAUACAGCAUCUCAGGUUAUCUUGUGCAAAGAGUGUAAAUGCCAGAAUACAUUGGAUGUGGACAACAGGUGUUGUGAACACCUAUCCGACUUGAGUCCUCAGGAAUGUUUAUUCAUGAAUCCCAGAGCUUCAAUGAAUAGGUCGUCUUUCACUAAAAAGUUCAUCGACAGUCAUGAAAGAAAGACCCGUUUGCGCAAUAACAGCAUUGCCAUCCUUGAAACCCAAACGGAUCCUACAGGCUACAUGGACAUACCACCCAAAAGACGAAAGACUUACCCAGGAGUGGCGUACCAUAUGAGUCAGGCCAGAGAGAGCAUUCCCUCAUACAGAGAGUCCUUUUCUUCUGGUACACUGUCUUCAUUUUUCAUGCAGUCCCUUCCCUCUCAAUCAGAGAGGAGGGGGAAAUUCUACCUCGAAGACGAAAGACUUCGUCCACAUGGGAGCCGUAAAUCUUCCAGUAGCAGCAGCUAUAGACCAAGCUCAAGCUCUACAACUUGUCCUGACUCAUUUAAUCCCAAAUGCAAGGCUUACAGCACAAUCAAAAACCCAUUCUACCCAUUCAGGUCAGAUGAGAGUCCAGAAGAAGUCUUCUUUAGAGGAGAACAGUAUAAUGGGACAGCACAGUUCGAAGAGCUGAUCCAACCGGGUUUGGAUGGUGCUGCUGCUGGUUUGAUGCUUGUUGAUAAAGACAGUGCUUUAGCGGGCCAACUUGAGCUGAAUGAAGUCAAUGAAAGUGGCUUUGAAGACGAGAUGGUGGAGCUGGAUGAGUCGAUUUCACCCGGUGACACCAUGGACAGCCAUCAAAGGGAACUUCUUAUCCAUGUUAUUCCACCUUCACUGAGCAACUCUGAAGAAAAAAUCAAUGAAGGAACACCCAACGGUGUCAAUCACAUCAUGUGCUACAGAGAUGAGGCUGACGCCCCAAGGAAACGAAGAGGUUCAGUAAUGACGAUAAUCACUGGGGACUGUGAGCAGAGAUUUCUACAUGGCAAAUAUGGCUUCUUCCUUGAGAAGGACAUUUCAGGGGAAUAUUCAAAAGAUACGUUGAGUCCUGUGACUGAGUCCCCGGCUGGGUCUCCAAUAGAGGACCUGGGCAGCAUCAGAGAAGCUGUGGAAGAGCUCCAGGGUUCAUCCCAAGCACAAACCACCACAACCUCUGCAAACUCUGAGCUGACCUUACAGAUGGACACAUCCAGCCAGCAGCCUGAAGAAGUGAAAACAAAUGAAGCCCUGGAAAAAAUAAGUGCAGAUGCCUGUGUGACACCCAAUAUUUAUCAAAAUGAUUUGUCUCGACGGCAAAGUGCCUCAAAAAAUUCAUUAGAGGUCAAAGAGCAUCUCAGGCCUCCAACAGAGUCCACUCAUAAAGAUUCAGAGGAACAUUCAGACCACUGGGCAAAGAGACGCAAGCUCUUCAAGGAGAGCAAACAGCGCAGUUCUGCAGGAGGGAGUUCUAUAACUAGCAAUAUCACAGAUGAAUCAGACACAAUGAAUUCUGAGGACACUCAUUCAGUGGACAUGUCAAUGCGAGAUAUUGAGGACAGAGGAUUUUACACAGAAACGUUUCACUCAGUAUCAUGGAUCUACCAUGGAGAUGGUGUUAACCAGAAUGACGGUCCACACUGCCUUACCAGCUGUACCCGACCAGCAGCAAUUCGUGAGCGGACAGUAAAAAUCGGUAAAGGCAUGGGCGAUUAUCCCUGGGGCUUCCGAAUUCAGUUCUCCAAACCCAUUGUGGUUACUGAAGUGGAUACAAAUGGAGCAGCGGAGGAGGCAGGCCUGCAGGUCGGAGACUAUGUCCUGGCAGUAAACGGCAUUGAUGUCACCAGCGUGCCACACUCGGAAGCAGCUGACCUCGCACGACAGGUGUGGCGAACUGUCCCAUUCACGUUUCUAUUGUUCACACUCGACAAACCUUUCACACCUCUCCCGGGCCCUGACAUAUUAACUCUGACAAUUGGCUCGGAUAUCGGUCGAGCGCCGAACACCCCACGGCCAACAUGCAGGGGUUACUUGCAUAAGCGGACUCAGUCCAGUUUGCUGAAGGGCUGGAGGAAGAGAUGGUUUGUGCUCCGACACGACUGCUGCCUCUACUACUACAGAAACAAGCGUGAUGAAGGGAAGAGCCGAGCUUUGGCUGCGGUGAGUCUGGAAGGGGCGCAGGUGGAGGCCGACACCAGUUUAGGAAAGCCGUUUGUGUUCAGAUGCUGCCCUGUCUCUGGGAACAGAGUUUACUACUUGUAUGCUACAUCAAACCAAGAGAUGAAAAGGUGGCUGGAGGCUAUGGGUCGAGCUGUUCAUCCCAUUACUCAGAAUCACGUGUGGGUGGACGUCACGCGGCACAACUCAAACCUGCCCCCGCUGGCCGUGAAGACCCCAGAGUGCCUCGGGCUGCUCCACCAGCUGGACCGGAGCAAGGACUCGUGGGUGCAGCACUACUGUGUGCUGAAAGAUGGAUGCCUCUAUUUCUAUACGAGCAUUCGCUCAACCUGUGCCAUCGGAGGGAUCUACUUGCACGGUUACACGGUGAGGGAUCAGCCGCUGGGCUCCAAAAGAUCCACGAUUGAGCUCAGACCUCCAUCUGAUGAGUUCAAAGUGUUCACCCUCUGUGCAGAGAACGCAAAUGAGAACAAACGAUGGAUUAGUGCAAUAAAAUCUUCAAUAGGAAAAUGGCUGCCAUUGCAUCAAGCAAUUCAAGACUACAUGAGUCGCCCACCUGAGGAAACGAGAAUGUGAACAAGACAGAUCUUAUCACGAGGUGUUUUGCAACAAGUUUAGCGGUGAAGGUGAUGGUGAAGAUACUAUGCCUUGUAAACAGACGUACUGUGUCACACCACACUGGCAUUGAAACACAAAACCAGAAAGAUCAGUUGUAAGUAAUAAGAUGUUAAAUAAGAUGAUAAAUAUAUGUUGAAGUGAUCUAGAGAUUGGUUUUGAAGUGCUGCAUUUGUUUAACAUAUACAAUUUGACAAUAACAAUAAUUUCAUCUUCAUUUUUUAGGGACUUAGCUGAUGACUACUCAUGAUAAAACCUAAAAUAAGUGUAACUCCAUAUAUAAUAUUCAAGUGGUAAUAUUCAGCAGAGCAGCAGGAGCGCAUGAAGCUGCCAUGGCAACCAGACACUGUACAGUUCCUGCUGCGCUAUGACGGCUGCCAGAAGCAUAGAGUAGAAGCAUAAUUCAUACUAAAAUGUACAUACAGAAUUAAGGCAUCAGCAUCAGACCUCGGCCACACACCAUAAACACAAGCUUAUGUUAUAUAGAGCUUAAGAAUUAAUUAUUUGUUCCCAUUGAACUUUUUUCUCUUUCAUUUAUACAUAUUGUAAUUUAUCAUAAUGUUGUUUUAGUUCCACUUACGCAUUGUUGUAAUGUGUUUCUUUGCAUUCAGGCCUGUAUUCCUGUAAACCUUUCUGUCACAUAUUUCAGUUCUGAUGAUGUUACAGGAUUUGCUAACUGGUGUGAAGUCGCCGCCGCUGCUAUUGUACAUAAUACACGUUCUUGGUUUUUGCUGUAUAGAUCAGUUCCAUUUCAUUUAGUCAUUUUUAUAUAACCCGCAGUAAAAUGUCUUACUGCUUUGUCUUGGCUUAUUUGUACUAUUUGUAUGGCAAUAUUAUGAUUUUUUCCUAUUCUUUGUAUAAAUAAGGAUAUAUUUCUGGCUUUUUGUAUUGUUUUCAGUUCCAGUUAACAGUUGCAUAAGAAUUAUUACAAAACUAGGAUCACUUCU